CGGGUGAAGGCGUGGCGCGUCGAGCGUGCGCUCUUGCGAGCGCGUACCGGCUGAUGAGCAUGGGCAGCGGCUGAAAGCCGGCUCUCUUCUGUGCCGACAGCGGACGAGGACGAGGCCGAGCGAAGCUGAGGAGCAUGUCGGGGAGCUCUCACCUCAUCCAUACCUGACACGGAUCGCCAGGAGCGCAAAGAUGACGGAGGGAAAAGUUUGCCAAGUUCAGCUGUUGGAUGACAGGAAGCUCGAACUGCUGGUUCAGCCGAAGCUACUGUCCUAUGAGCUCCUAGACCUUGUGUCCUCCCACUUCAACCUCAAAGAAAAGGAAUUCUUUGGGCUCGCAUUUUUUGACGAUAAUGGUCAGUGUAAGUGGCUGCAGAUGGACCGCAGAGUUCUUGAACAUGACUUUUCGAAGAAGCCUGGGGCCAUUGCUCUAAAGUUCAUGGUCAGAUUUUAUGUUGAAAACAUUACUCAGCUGAAGGACAUCAUCACGGUGGAGCUUUUCUACCUUAACGCUAAAUCUGCAGUGUACAAUGGAAUGAUUGAAGUGGAAACGGAGAAUGUCUUCAAAUUAGCUGCAUAUGCUUUGCAGGAAGCUAAAGGAGACUACACGAGCAAUGAAAACACUCGGGCUGAUUUGAGGAAACUACCAACGCUCCCCACCAAAGUGCUGAAGGAACACCCCUCUCUGGCAUACUGUGAGGAUCAAGUCAUUGAAUGUUAUAAGCAGCUGACAGGAGUUUCAAGAGGACAGGCCAUUGUACAGUAUUUGACGUUGGUUGAGUCUCUGCCAACCUAUGGAGUGCAUUAUUAUGAGGUUAAGGAUAAACAAGGAAUCCCUUGGUGGCUCGGAAUCAGCUAUAAGGGCAUUGGCCAGUAUGACCUGCAGGACAAAUUAAAGCCUCGGAAGUUGUACCAGUGGAAGCAGCUAGAAAACCUGUACUUCAGAGAGAAAAAGUUUGCAGUGGAAGUUAAUGAUCCACACAGGAGAGCAGUAACCAAACGAACAUUUGGACAAACGGGCCUCCUCAUCCAUACAUGGUAUGCCAGCCAUUCUUUGAUCAAGACCAUCUGGGUCAUGGCAAUUAGCCAGCAUCAGUUCUACUUGGACAGAAAGCAAAGCAAAGCUAAACUUGGAACAGCUAAAAGUGUGGAGGAAAUUGCCAUGGAACUCACAGAGCACGGAGGGGCAAAGAUGAACAGGCUGGGAGAUGUAGGCUUGAAGAAUAACUUCAUAACAGCCAGCAAUGGGAGUCUGGUUUCUACUGGUUCUGCAGACUCUGAAAUGAGUGAAGAACAAAAGAAAGAAAGGCUCUCUGAACUUAGGAGGAAGGAAAAGGAGAUCCAAGAUAUUUUGGCCAAGAAAACAGAGGAGCUGAAGAAGAUUUGCCGUCGAGAGGCGGAACUGACUGGAAAGCUGCCAAAAGAGUAUCCUCUCUCCAAAGGUGAAAGACCACCACAGGUCAGACGACGAGUCGGCACCGCUUUCAAGUUAGAUGAGCUUUUCCCUUACAACGAGGAUCCCUUCCUCAGGAACCUGGAAAGCAGAUUUGCCCUCCAACAAAAGAUCGUGGAGGCUGCGAAGAAGCUCGCAAAUGAAUCAGAACUGUGCAAAACUGUCAAGAAGAAAAGGAGAAGAAACUGUCGGGAUGCCAUGCAAAAGCUCCAGCAGAUAGAAGAUGAGAUGAACCAGUACAGAAUCAAGAAAGGGGAAAAGCCCACUCAGCGGGCAUCAGUGAUCAUCGCAGAUGAUCUCGCCCGAUCUGACUUCAGCUCUAUGUCUAGUCUCCCUCUGGAUGAUGAUGAUUCUGAUGGUGGGAUUCAAAGGCCACGCUCACGAUCUGUUCAAGGCUCCCCUCAGCUCAGCCCGCUGCACUCGCUGGUAGCGGAAUAUGAUGUAGAGAACCACAGUUCCCCAGGUAGAAACCGCAAGAACCACGGCAGAUUUGUUUGUGAUGGCCAGGCGGCCUUACAGUACUGCCAAAAUCCAAGUGAGGGCUCCUCUACUCACAGUAGUCCAUAUAAAACCCUUCCGAGACCUCCUAGAGACCCACGCAGCAUGCCUGCUACCCCAGUUAUGACCCGAAAUGCCUACAGCAGCAGCCAGCUCAGGUCGGAGGCUUCUUCUCACUGCUUCAGGCAUCGCAGUGGAAGUCUGGAGUCUCAACACCAGCUGGGAACUGACAUGGACCCAGAGAAGCCUGUCUUCAUCCUGUCAUCACACCACAGCAACAGCACAGAGGUGUUGGAGAACUGCUCCUCAUACACCAGCCAGUCCAGCCUGGAAUGCUGCGGUGCAGCUAACUCCCAUUACAACACAAUUGACUCGCGUACCUCAACCAUGCAUCAUCUUCGCCGAAAAGUUGAAGUGUACGGGAAUACCGGAAGUAUGCCCAACUUGGUCCAGCACCAUCCUGGUUAUAAUUACUCAUCUGACACCUCAACGAACUAUGCACCCAGUGCCUACUAUGUUACUGGAUACCCGUGCCCAGACAUGGAUCCCUACACCAAUGGAUCUUGUGUGUACGAAAGUGACGUGGAAGGCCGCUACAACGUCAACCCGAAUUACCAAAUGAAUGGCUGUCACGGAUACAGCAGAUUCCGGCACUACAACAGCGAUGGGGCAGACAGUCUUUCUCAGAAUCCUUAUGCCACGGUGAGGCCCCCGCGGAGUAGAGAGGGCCCAAGAAAUGACCUCUUGGCCAAGAACAUGCAGAAAGCUCUGGUGGCAGAGCAUCUAAGAGGCUGGUACCACCGGCACAGAGGCCACAGGGAAGACGGCAGGGGACCCAUGGUUGGAUAUGACUUUGACAACAGCACACAGCUGGGCUACCAAACAAUGCCAGCAGGUUUCAGCCACUCCAGCAGAACCACGUCUUAUUCAUCAGUGUCGUCAGCAGAGAGCACAGGAAAUUGGCGCAACCAGCUGGCAGUGGGGUUGGCAGAGUUUGAUUCACCUGACACACCUCAGUACCCUCGUCGAUCUCCGUACAACCCCAGUCCCACGUACAACAGAUAUCAUUACCAGGACAGAAACUACAUGAGCAUCCACUGAGGAGGACCAAACGCUGGCACAAACUGCUUUAGGAGCCAGGAGCACAUGAAGGGAAUGGAGCUGAAAAGAGGCCAUACACACAGUUAUGUUUGCAGUCACAGUCUUUGGGGACUUUCUUUUUGCAGAGAGGUGUACUCUGUCUUCAUGUUUGAGUAAGCUCUGGACACGCUGAUGACACUCUUGAAUGACUUCCCCAUGUGCCUUGGACUGGAUGAAUCGUAGAGGCAGAUGAGAAUGUGUCAAGUUGUUGCACAAGUACAGUGGACUUUAACCCUACUGUGGAUUAAGUAUGACAAAAAAUGACAACAUGUAUUUUAAACUCAAACUAGCUACUGCCUUAUUCAAUACAGUAGACUAAACAAUCCUUAUUUUCAUCUCACAAUAAAAGGUAGUCUUGCCUAUUUCAUUAGGAUUUUUCAUAGACAUUACAUCACUUGAUUCAAUCAUUACAGUGUGCUUUAUCAGUGAUGGAUUUCUGUCUUAAUUUCUUUUUUUGGAAAACAUGAAAUCAGAAAUGUUGUUAAUAUUGUUCAUAGAAUCAUUGUUUUUGUGCAGUAUUGUGUUUUAAAAUGCAUGGGCAAACAUUUUGUAAAAUACAAAACAAUUCAAAAACAAUUUUUUUAUUUUAAAAAAAUGGAAAAAAGUAACUGCCAUUGAAACUUUGUCCAUGUGAUUUUUUUUAUUUCAUUUGUGCGGUUGAUGUGUAGCUAUAUGUUGUAGAUCCUGUGAUAAAAUAUUUUCCAUUUGAAGAGAGCAGGUGAAUAAAAUACAUGUGUGACUCAUG